UAGCUUUAUAUCACCGGUGGAGUUUUAGUAGAGUUCUGCUUCGGAAAAAGGUUGAUUUUUUUCGUCUUUCCGUGUUCAUCUGCAUAAGGGGGAAUGGCCAAGAGUUACUUCAAGCAAGAGCAUGAUCUUGAGAAAAGACGUGCAGAGGCUGCUAGGAUUAGGGAGAAAUACCCAGAUAGGAUUCCGGUGAUUGUUGAGAAGGCAGAGGGAAGUGAUAUACCAAACAUAGACAAGAAAAAGUACCUUGUCCCAGCUGACUUGACUGUAGGGCAGUUUGUUUAUGUGAUCCGCAAAAGGAUCAAACUGAGUGCAGAGAAGGCAAUCUUCAUAUUCGUGGACAACGUGCUCCCACCAACUGGUGCCAGUAUGUCAGCCAUAUACGAGGAGAAGAAGGAUGAAGAUGGGUUUCUUUACGUUACAUACAGUGGGGAGAAUACUUUUGGGGAUGAGGUUGUGCUGUAGCCUACGGUGGAGCAUUUCAGCAUUGUAUCAUCGAUCUCUUGGAAUCAACGUAUAUGAUCAUUUCCCUAUAUGAUAUUUGGAUAUUUGGUUGUCAUUUUAUAUAAACAGAUGUCAGUCUGCUAUGGUAUGAAUGUACAGUUGCUUAAUGUUUAUAUGUUCUUCAAUUCCCGCACAAAUUUAUGUAAUGCAAAAAAAUAAAAAAAGAAACAAUGUAGUGGUGGUGCUUCUGGCUGAAUUUCUCACAAGAUCGUUGGCAAAAAAAAUCAAUUUUCGUG